UUAUCCUUUAUUUGAUGAUGGAAGGAAUUUAUGCUGGUUCCAAAUAGGCUUGAUCCUUUAUUUUGAUGAUAGGAGCAAUUUAUACUGGUUCCUCAUAAGCUUGAUUUGGAUGCAAGAAAAACUGUACCUGCAUUUUUGAAAUCUGAGUUGUUAGAAAUUGAAGAAGAAAAAAACAAUUGAAAAUUGAAGGGGAAAGACGUCCCUGAAAGAAAAGAAAAAAAAGAAACAAAAAAGAAAAGGAUCAAAGGAACAUUUGGUUGGAAAAAUAGAAAGAAAAAAAGAAGAAGAGAGGGAGAGAGAGAAAAAGGAACAAAGAAAGAAAGAAAGAAGGAAAAGAGGAAAAAGAAAGAAAAAAAAAAAAAAAAAGGAAAAGAAAGAAAGAAAGGAAAAUAAAAAAGAAAAAGAAAAAGAAAAAAGGGAGUGAUGAAAGCAUACAUGAAACUUAUGAAAUAUGUGAAAUAGCGAACAUAAGCUAUUUUAUUUUGUAUUUUUUAUUUUUUCGAAUGAAAUAAAGAUUUGUACGUUUGUUGGUAGAUAACAUUUCAAGGGAUGGUGGAAUGAAAAAAUUAUGUAUAUGAAUUAAGAUUCUUCAAGUUCAAUACAAUCAUGCAAGAGGGCAGGUCAAUGUCUUUUGAAGAGCGAAGGUGAAUCGUUGCCAUGCAAUCUUAGUUGCUGAGCUUGAUUGAUGCUUGCCAAAGUGGAUGUUGAAGUUUCAGAUAUGUCUAGUUGUUAAGCCGGAUGUGGUUGACUAUGCAUGCACCCCUGAAGAGGUUCAGCAGCAUUUCCAAUCGUGUGGUACGGUGAACAGAGUAACUAUUCUGACUGAUAAGUUUGGCCAGCCAAAGGGUUUCGCAUAUGUUGAAUUCCUUGAAGUAGAGGCUGUUCAGGAGGCCCUUUCGCUGAAUGAAUCUGAACUACGUGGCCGCCAAUUGAAGGUUAAUGCUAAAAGGACUAAUGUUCCUGGGAUGAAGCAGUUCCGUGCAAGGCGUUUCAACCCUUACGCGGGGUAUGGAUUCAGGAGGCCUUAUGUACCCCCUUAUUUCUACUCCCCCUAUGGAUAUGGGAAGGUACCCAGGUUCAGGAGGCCAAUGCGGUACAUGCCCUAUUACUGAAAGUGGAUGCACACAAGACAUUGGCCCCAGUUAUAAUAUAUUUUCAUUUUAGAGGAUGGACGAUGGAUUUUCUUUAGUUUAUAUGCAUUAUGAGCUUAACCAUGCAUUGGAGAGAGAGACAUUGAAAUUUGUUCUUGCUAUGCAUUGUUAGCUAGCUUGUAGACUUUGUAUUUGCUGGUGAUACUUGGAAAAUAAUGCAUCUGUUUCUUCUUGUUUGUUUCUACCGUUCUAUUUUAUUAGAACGGGUUGGGAAGAAAGUGUUGUGCUUAGAAAAUGUUUUUUAUUUCUAAAUGGGGAAUAAAAAAGAACCGUGGAGUUGGGAUGAA